AGGGGGCCGGCCGCGGCUCCCACUCUCCGUGUGGCCCCCUGAGCGCCCCCCCUCCCCUGCCCGGGAGGGAGGCGGGGGGCACCCGGGGCCCGCCAUGAACCCCGGCUUCGAUCUGUCCCGCCGGAAUCCGCAGGAAGACUUCGAGCUGAUUCAGCGCAUCGGCAGCGGCACCUACGGCGACGUCUACAAGGCACGGAAUGUUAACACUGGUGAAUUGGCAGCAAUUAAAGUAAUAAAAUUGGAACCAGGAGAAGACUUUGCAGUUGUACAGCAAGAAAUUAUUAUGAUGAAAGACUGUAAACACCCAAAUAUUGUUGCUUAUUUUGGAAGCUAUCUCAGGCGAGAUAAACUUUGGAUUUGCAUGGAGUUUUGUGGAGGUGGUUCUUUACAGGAUAUUUAUCAUGUAACAGGACCUCUGUCAGAACUGCAAAUUGCGUAUGUAAGCAGAGAAACACUACAGGGAUUAUACUAUCUUCACAGUAAAGGAAAAAUGCACAGAGAUAUAAAGGGAGCUAACAUUCUGUUAACGGAUAAUGGUCAUGUAAAAUUGGCUGAUUUUGGAGUAUCUGCACAGAUUACAGCUACAAUCGCCAAACGGAAGUCUUUUAUUGGUACACCAUAUUGGAUGGCACCAGAAGUCGCAGCUGUUGAGAGGAAAGGGGGUUACAAUCAGCUCUGCGAUCUCUGGGCAGUAGGAAUCACUGCCAUAGAACUAGCUGAGCUUCAGCCGCCUAUGUUUGACUUACACCCAAUGAGAGCAUUAUUUCUAAUGACAAAAAGUAAUUUUCAGCCUCCUAAACUAAAGGAUAAAAUGAAGUGGUCAAAUAGUUUUCAUCAUUUCGUGAAAAUGGCACUUACCAAAAAUCCAAAAAAAAGACCUACUGCUGAAAAGUUAUUACAGCACCCAUUUGUCACACAACCUUUGACACGAUCUUUGGCAAUUGAACUUUUGGAUAAAGUGAAUAAUCCAGAUCAUUCCACUUACCAUGAUUUUGAUGAUGAUGAUCCUGAGCCUCUUGUUGCUGUACCGCAUAGAAUUCACUCAACAAGUAGAAAUGUAAGAGAAGAAAAAACACGCUCGGAGAUAAACUUUGGCCAGGUAAAAUUUGAUCCACCCUUAAGGAAGGAAACAGAACCACAUCAUGAACUUCCCGACAGUGAUGGUUUUUUGGACAGUUCAGAAGAAAUAUACUACACUGCAAGAUCUAAUCUGGAUCUACAGCUAGAAUAUGGACAAGGACACCAAAGUAGUUACUUUUUGGGUGCAAACAAAAUUUCAUUCUCAAUGAAAGAACAAGAAUGCAAAAGGAGUCUUCUGAAGUCUGUUGAAGAAGAAUUACAUCAGCGAGGGCAUGUGGCACAUUUAGAAGAUGAUGAAGGGGAUGAUGAUGAAUCUAAACAUUCAACCAUGAAAGCGAAAGUUCCACCUCCUUUGCCACCAAAGCCUAAGUCCAUAUUCAUACCACAGGAAACUCAUUCUACUGAGGAUGAUAACCAAGGAACUAUCAAGAGAUGUCCCACCUCAGAGAGCCCAGCAAAACCAUCCCAAGUUCCGCCAAGACCACCGCCACCCAGAUUACCUCCACAAAAGCCCAUUGCUUUAGGAAAUGGAGUGAGCUCCUUCCAGUUAAAUGGUGAACGAGAUGGUUCAUUAUAUCAACAACAGAAUGAACACAGAGGCACAAACCCUUCAAGGAAAGAAAAGAAAGAUGUACCAAAGCCUAUUAGUAACGGUCUACCCCCAACACCUAAAGUGCAUAUGGGUGCAUGUUUUUCAAAGGUUUUUAAUGGAUGUCCCUUGAAAAUUCACUGUGCAACAUCAUGGAUAAACCCAGACACAAGAGAUCAGUACUUGAUAUUUGGUGCCGAAGAAGGGAUUUAUACUUUGAAUCUUAAUGAACUUCAUGAAACAUCAAUGGAACAGCUAUUCCCCCGAAGGUGUACAUGGUUAUACGUAAUGAACAAUUGCUUACUAUCAAUAUCUGGUAAAGCUUCUCAGCUUUAUUCCCAUAAUUUACCAGGGCUUUUUGAUUAUGCAAGACAAAUGCAGAAGUUACCUGUGGCUAUUCCAGCACACAAACUCCCUGACAGGAUACUGCCAAGGAAAUUUGCUGUAUCAGCAAAAAUCCCUGAAACCAAGUGGUGUCAGAAAUGUUGUGUUGUGCGAAAUCCUUACACAGGCCAUAAGUACCUAUGUGGGGCACUUCAGACUAGCAUUGUUUUAUUAGAAUGGGUUGAACCAAUGCAGAAAUUUAUGUUAAUUAAGCAUAUAGAUUUUCCCAUACCGUGUCCACUUAGAAUGUUUGAGAUGCUGGUAGUCCCGGAGCAGGAGUACCCUUUAGUCUGUGUUGGUGUCAGUAGGGGGAGAGACUUCAACCAAGUGGUUCGAUUUGAAACAGUCAAUCCAAACUCUACCUCUUCGUGGUUUACAGAAUCAGAUAGCCCACAGACAAGCGUUACUCAUGUUACCCAGCUGGAGAGAGAUACCAUUCUUGUAUGCUUGGACUGUUGUAUAAAAAUAGUAAAUCUUCAAGGAAGAUUAAAAUCUAGCAGAAAAUUAUCAUCUGAACUCACCUUUGAUUUCCAGAUUGAAUCAAUAGUUUGCCUACAAGACAGUGUGCUAGCUUUCUGGAAACACGGAAUGCAAGGUAGAAGUUUUAGAUCUAAUGAGGUAACACAAGAAAUUUCAGAUAACACAAGAAUUUUCAGACUGCUUGGAUCUGACAGGGUCGUGGUUUUGGAAAGUAGGCCAACUGAUAAUCCCACAGCAAACAGCAACUUGUACAUCCUGGCGGGCCACGAGAACAGUUACUGAGGACGGCCGUGCUUCGACAGCUACUGUUAGAAAAAAGCAAGCAUGACUGCACCGUCGUCGUCGAGUGCUUGAGGCUGUACAAAGCCUCCGUCACUGGGCUUCGGUCACUUGUAAUUUAUUGUGGCAUGAAACAAGAUGGGGAGAAGUUUUGUUUUAAGUGGUAUGGAUAGAUUUAGCAUAUUGAACCACACAAGUGCUUAAUUCAUUGUUAUGUAAUCUUUGUACAUACAGGCAGUAUUUUUCUGUGAAACUUCAUAUUGCAGAAGACAUACACUAAGAAUUUAUGUAGAUAAUGUACUUUUAUGAGAUGUACAAGUAAGUGUCUUAUCUGUACAGAUGUAAAUGUUGAUGAAAAUGCAAUUGGGGUUAAUAUUUUAAGAAUUCUUAGUAUAUUCUUAGGUGUGGCUGUAUUAUAAAAUGGGAUGCUGGCAAUGAAACCGUACAUUUAACACUAUUGUAUUUUUAUUAUAUGUAAUUUAGUAAUAUGAAUACAAAUCUUGUAACUUUCAAAAUUGUAAUGGAGGCUAUAAUCAUUUUAUAAUCUUGUUUUUAAUUUUAAUGCAAGUACACUGGUGUUUAUAUUUGCACAAAGUAUUGAUAUGUGAUGUAUUAAGUCACAAAAGUAAGCUGUGACACUGUCAAUAUGCAUUUGGCUCCACAACAUCUUUUUUAAAUGUAUUUGGGUGGUUUUCUGUGUGAAACAACCCAAUUAACCACCUGUUGUAGUAACUGGUCUUUUUAUAUUUAAGCAGAAUCCUGUAAGAUUGUUUGUCUGUGCUUAAAAAACACACCUUCGAAAAAAUUUUGAAUCACAGAAUAGCGGUACCAUGAUAUAACACUGCAGUUGUCUGAAUUACAGUUGCACAAAGGAUAAAUGAGCAUUAUUAAAGAGCCCACACUAAACAUUUCAUAGAAUCACAUUGAAAAACUAUCACAUUCCAUAGAGGGGAGUGGUUCAAAUUUCUAGUGAAAUUUUUUACUUUGGUUGGCCUUAUUUUAUGAUCAUUUUCAUAUUUCUUUUGACUUAGAGUAUUAACACAUGGCCAAAAUAAUUUAGUUACUACCUCAUAUAAACAAUAUAAUGGUUACUACACAUCGCAGGAACUUAGUUUUGGUUCAAAGUCAUUUUUGAUUGCUUUUUUCCAAUGGAAUAUGUAUAUACCAAGUUUUAGCAAAAUGCACACUUUGGCUUUUUUUUGGUAUAUGUUCUUUAUAUUUUAAUGUGGGUAUAUACACUAGGAACAAACUAAAUUGUGAUUUAUGGUCUUCAUUUAUUUUAAUUGAUAAUGCUUUUAAAUAUGUUUCUGAUUGUACAUAGUGUAAAAUAAACAUGUUUUUUAACAUGCGGUUGUACAGUA